UUGGUUCGCGCGUCACUUGCAUAUGCAGCUUGCCUGGGUUGAAUGGUCUCCCACCUUCUUCAGUCUAUAUAAGCUUCAGUGGCUCCUGGCGCGCAGUCUCCGAGUGUGCUUGGGAGUCCCUCCGGCGGCAGAUACCCAUAUAUAAUCAAGCAUAGAAUACCUGACAAUACCUGGACCAGGUGUGGUCGCUUUACAUUACGGAUCGCAGAAGCUCCACCAUGCUAAAACGGCUGAUUAUAUGAAUGGUCAUCACCAUCGUUCAUUUUUACUUUUCUGUUUCUCAGCAAUGCUUUUGUGUUUAAGGAAGUCUGCACCAUAAUGCGAAGAACCCGAAACGCUCUCAAAGUGUUGACCAAGUACGCUUGCCUUGGUGUUCCCAAACCACUUUGAAUGGGAUAUUACGGGACAAAGACGAUACAGAGUUUUGCCAACUAAGAGGACCGCUUCGCUUGUUUCCUUGUCCACCUGGCUUUUGUUCUAGCUCUUUUGAAGAGCAGAAGAUUUUGCGUGCUGGUGUACCUCCGAAAUAUAUUCCAUUUAUGGUUUUGAAGUUUGCGAGUCUCCUCGGCGUCCGAGGCACGUUAGCCAACACUCAGAACUUCCAUUGUUUUAAAAUAGAAACAGCGGUAAAGUGGACGAGGAACACUUCCCCCUGCGGGUCCCGAUGCGGGUAUACAGCAGAGUUCGAGGUAACUCGUUGCUGUAACUAAGUUCCUUUUUUUGGUAACUUGUAACGUAACUCGGUACUUUUGCGCCAUGGUAACUUUAAGAGGAACUCGUUCCUUUUUCAGGUAUCUUUGCCAGGGUAACUUAAGUUAAGUUCCAAGUUACUUUUGACUCGCUUUUCACUCACGUCCAGAUAUUUUCUUGCUUUCUCCCCAUUUCCCUCAUGGCAUCUUUCGCCAUAAAGCGUGAUAUUCAAUCAAUGAGAUUGAAAUUAAGCUGAACCAUUGUGCGCCCACAGGGGAGCAAGUUCCUUUAAGGGACCAUAUCGUAAUCCCCUCAAGACCGUGGCUUUCAGGCGCGACCUUGUUCUCUAGCUUCGAGCGUAGUUCAAUUCUACCAAAUUUGUGGCGCUGUCGUACACUAUGACGUCAUUUGUUUACAAACCGGGAGAGGUAUAUUGUCAGACAUAAACGAAAACGAUCUAAGCGUGUUGCACCUCCGUAAUGCUAUUUUGUGUCCGAAGUAACUUGGAAGUAACUCGCUCUUUUAUUAAGUAACUCAGUAACUGCGAGUUAUAUUUCAGGCUGAAGAACUUCGUUAUUAACUUAGUUACAUUUUUCACACGGUAACUUAACUUGUAACGAGUUCUUUUUGACAGGUAACUUCUCAAUCUAUGGUAUACAGACAGCACUGCGGGUGCGGGUCGGCCAGAUUAAAUUUUUGCGGAUGCAGGUGCGGGUCACACACGCGCGGGUACUGAGUGGUUGCGGGUCCAAGUUUGCUUACCCGCACUGACCUCUAGCUAUGGAGGCUAUGAUCCGAAACACACAUAAUCAGAUAUACAUUCCACACCUAUUCAAAGACAAAUUAAACAAAUAUUAUUGACGGCAAAUAACUUAAAUAUCGAACGUGUCAUUUCUUGCACAGAACACGUAAUGCAAGCACCGUAGUAGUAGAGCAGCGCCUCAGCUGGAGACAACUGGGACACAUUAUCCAGCUCAGAUUGUCAUCGUCAUGUCAUAGUAUAGGUAGCUAAGGUAGCCAACUUCAUAGCCCUAGUCAAUCUCUGUUGUGGCUAAUGGCGAUAUUCUCCAUGGGAAGAAGAAGAAGAACUGUCUCCAGCGCGUGCAGCAGCAGAAUUCCCUUAGUGGUCGCCGUUCGCAUCGGAGCAUGAAGGGCAAGUCUGAUACGAAGCUCUCAGCGAAGAAGUCCAAGACAUCCCUAGGACACGCUGAAGAAACCACGGAAACGGAAGAGCCGAGUACCGUCGAUGAUCAGCAUGCAGCAACCACGAAGCUGUCAACGCGGAAGCCUGCAUUGCCUGCCUCGAAGAAGCACGGAAGCGAACGCGUGGAAACUGAUGACGUAGGAAGAACGAAAGACAGCUCCAGGAAGUCACGAAAGAGGAAACGAAUGAGUACUGAAGACAUGCCUCAGGAAAGAGAAAGUGGCACGGAAGAAACCGCUCGUAGCACCUCCAGAACCAUGAAGGGAGCAGAAGGCAGUCAAAAGGCGAAAGACGAGAAACCCAAGGCCUCUGCUGCAAGUGAGAAGCAGCCCAAGGUGCGUCAAGGUGGGGCUGCAAGUGCUGGGACACGUAUGCUUUACGAAAUAAAGCACAAGUCAUUGAUGUACAGCAUCACGGGGUUCGCCAGCAUCUUCAUGUUCGCCGUCCUCGCCAUGGUCUUCGUGAUGAUCUACUUCCGCAAGCGGCGCAAGAGCGUCGUACCUGGAGAGUGCACGACAGACGAGUGCGAACAGUUGUUGGAAAGUGUCACGAACUUCCUCGACAAGAACGUCGACCCGUGCAAGGACUUCUACGGCUACGUGUGCAGCAGAUGGAAGGACCUGAGCGCAACGGCGACGUUCGUCGACGAAACCGAGUCGGCGUACUACGCGAAGAUCCACGACGGUGUACUGUCCGAGGUUCCCAGUGCUGGCGACCGCUUCGGGAGGCACAUCCUGGUUGGCCUCUAUAACGCGUGCUACGUUUCCAUCACGCAGGAUCACGUCAUGUCGCUGCAGGAUGUUGUAAACGAGAGCAGCAAGUUCCUCAAUAUUUCGUCCCUCCUUUCGGCGACAGAUUUCUCGUCUCUCGUUGAACAACUUUCCCGGAUUUCUCUGACGUUGGCCGUCCACUCUACAUUCUCCCUGGGGUACCUACGUGCGGACUUUGCUGUCUACUUCCAUGUGCGAGGAGAAAAGUCCCUCGUACAUAAAAUAGCGUCUGCCAGUAAAGGAAGGAUCCGGCCGAACAAUCCCUUAGCUGAAAGGUACAUAAAGGAGGUUACGAGGUCCUUGCAGAUAGUGGAAGUCAACCAAGUGUUGCAGUUAGACACCUUUGUAUACGAGGUCACCGAUGUAGAAGCUGCAACGACAUUGGUAAACUUCACCGACGUUCAUAAAUUGUUACAAGGCCCUUCGGAAGACGUUUUGCUCCAACUCGUAAACAGCAUCGGGCCGUCAAAUCGCGCUGUGCGUUCCGGAGACCCAGCCCUCGUCACUGGUUAUGAGAUGCUGCAAAGAGUCCAAGAGGCACUCAGAAACGCUCCGAUGAAUGUAAGCACCGUUUACGUCAGCCUACACCUGCUGAUGGACACUACAAUAGAAUACUUUAUGCGAAAUACUGGCCCCAAAUUAGUUACUGCGAGGCGCACGUGCGCGCGUGUCGCUGAGAAGGCUCUUGGUUACAACUGGCGAUACCUUGUGUCUGCUAUAGCCGGAUUGCACCGUGACGCAACAUUACUCAAAAUUAUGGGCCGUAGCACCAAAUCUUUCUUCCUGGACCAUAGUUCCUGGAUGGAUCCAAGUACACGGAAGAUGAUGAACACCUCCUUACAAGACCUCGAUUUCUUCACCUACGAUCCCGAAGACCUAAAGCCUACAGGAGCUGACUACUCCGAUUUCCAGCUUCCUAAUGGGUCGUACACGCAGAUGUACUUUGAAGUAAGGAAACUCAUCGUCUCUAGCGAAAUCCUGAGCAACGAAGCCGCUUUGAUUUCGGGAUGGCACGACCGUAUCGGGGUGGCCCGUUUCACCGACGUCCUUCGCAAGAUUAUGGUGCCAUCCGUCUACCAAUUUCCGCCCAUGUAUUACACAGAUGCAGACGUACCGUCAUACAUCAACUACGCCACAAUAGGAGUCCUCAUGGCGAACGAGAUGGUACGAUCGUUUGGCACAAGAAAGAUCCAAUGGUCGCCGACAGGAAUGCAGAAGCUGAAUGAGACACUUUCGUGUUUGAAGAGCAUACGAGACACGCUUGACCUUAAAGAAUCUACAGAGUUUGACGGAGAAGAAAUAUUCGCCUGGACGUACGGGUCGAGAGUUACUUAUGAGACACUCAAGGGCACGAUGAAACUACGAGGUGAAAAGGUUUACAAGGAGCACUGGUCGACGGCGGAGUAUUACUUCCUCAUUCGCUUUUGCAUGCUGUCCUGCGUGGACCAUUUGGAAGACUCUGACAACGAGAGACAACGCUGCAUGGUUCCGGUGCUGAGUAACCCGCGCUUUUGGAGUCAGUUUAAGUGUAACGAAGCAUUCUUGCCACCGUGUCUCAGAUCCUCUGUCUUUGGACUGGUGGAGAACUGAAGGUUUGUACAGCACGAUAUGUAUAAAAACACGUGUCUGGGUCAUUGUA